AUAAUGUCAUUCACAGCAAAAUGACAGUCUAAGAUAGUAAGAUCAUAACAUUGAAAUAUAGAAACGUAAUUUUUCUUAAAAAUUUUUCAGUAAUUCUGUUUAGCGGAAUGUAGUUACAAAUACGACGGGAGAGUUCCUUUUUGUCGGUUACAGUAAUAUCACGAACACGUAGGCUUACUUAAAAAUAGUAACAAAAUGGCCAAGAAAGGUGAAGAGGAAUUUUCAUGUAAGAUGUUCAGCAACAAGUUCUUCAUCCUGUGCGCCAUCGGAGGCUCAGUCGCGUGCGGCACCACGCAUACCUUCGUGACGCCGCUCGACCUGGUCAAGUGCCGGCUGCAGGUGGACCCCCAAAAGUACAAGUCCAUUGGCACAGGGUUCCUUGUGUCCUACAGAGAUGGGGGUAUCAAGAAUCUCGUGAAAGGCUGGGCGCCCACUUUCAUUGGAUAUUCAAUACAAGGUGCCGCCAAGUUCUGUGGAUACGAAUACUUCAAGUACAAGUAUUCCAAUAUGGUCGACUUGGAAAGUGCUUACUUGUACAGAACGUAUCUGUACCUGGCAGCUGCAGCGUCUGCCGAGUUUAUUGCCGACGUGUUCCUGGCACCGCUGGAGGCCACCAAGGUGCGGAUGCAGACGACGCCCGGCUACACGUCCAUGAUGAGGAAGGCCAUGCCGCACAUGGCCAGCACGGAAGGAAUCGGGACAUUCUACAAGGGACUCGCGCCGCUGUGGGGGCGGCAGGUGCCCUACACUAUGAUGAAGUUUGCUUCAUUUGAAAAAACUUUGGAGUUAUUGUACGAUAAAGUUGUGCCAAAGCCCCGGGCCGAUUGUACGAAGGUGGAACAGUUGAUAGUAACAUUCACUGCCGGGUACAUCGCGGGUGUUCUGUGCGCGAUAGUAUCGCAUCCCUCCGAUACGCUCGUGUCCAAGUUGAACAAGGACCCUGGCUCCAGCAUCGGCAGCAUCAUCAAAGACGUGGGCUUCGUCGGCAUCUGGCGCGGCCUGGUCGCGCGUAUCAUUAUGAUAGGUACGCUCACGGGCCUACAGUGGUUCGUAUACGACGCAUUCAAGGUGUACACCAAAAUGCCUCGUCCUCCACCUCCAGAUAUGCCAGAGUCGCUCAAAAAGAGAUUAGCGGAAGAAGAGAAGAAGAAGAAGAAAUGAAAAUAUUUAGGUAACGACGGUUGUUUAGUGAAUUAAUAAAAUGAACGUCCCAAUAAUUCUGUGUGUGGCGUCCCAAUACUUCCCGACGACUUACAACUCAUGUAUAUUUAAAAUAAAAAUGCAUUACGAUUAUAA